CCUCGCCAAAAGCAGGUCCAUUUUGAAUAUUUGUUUUAGCAAGUAUAAAAGUAAAAUGGGCGUCAAAACAUUUACCCACAGUUCCCCAGCUCACAGCCAGGAGAUGCUUGGAAAGCUUAACAUGCUACGUAACGAUGGACAUUUCUGUGACAUCACCAUUCGUGUCCAAGAUAAAAUCUUCAGAGCACACAAGGUAGUCCUGGCAGCGUGCAGUGACUUCUUCCGUUCCAAACUGGUUGGCCAAGCAGAAGAUGACAGCCAAAGUGUACUUGACUUGCAUCAUGUGACAGUGACUGGCUUCUUGCCUCUUCUGGAAUAUGCAUACACAGCAACAUUGUCUAUUAACACUGAAAAUAUUAUUGACGUCUUGGCUGCAGCUAGCUAUAUGCAAAUGUUCAGUGUUGCUAGCACCUGUUCUGAGUUUAUGAAGUCAAGUAUUUUAUGGAACACCCCCAGUAGUCAGCAAGAAAAGGUACUAGAUACAGGCCAGGAAAACAGUGCAAACUGCAAUUUUACAUCUCGGGAUGGCAGUCUUUCUCCAGUUUCCUCAGAAUGCAGCGUGGUAGAAAGAACCAUUCCCGUCUGCAGAGAAUCACGGCGGAAGCGUAAAAGCUACAUUGUAAUGUCACCAGAAAGUCCACUUAAAUGUAACACCCAGACAAACUCCCCACAGGUUUUGAAUACUUCAGCUUCCUAUGCAGAGACUAGAAGUCAUCCUGUGGAUUCUUCCUUAGCUUUUCCUUGGACUUUCCCUUUUGGAAUUGACCGAAGACUCCAAUCAGAAAAGGUGAAGCAAGUAGAAAAUUCUCGGACUCUAGAAGUGCCUGGUCCAUCUGAAGCAUCUAGAAGAAUUUCAGAUUAUAUGACAUGUGAGAGCACAAAAACCAGCUCACCUCUGGUGAUUGAAGAAGAUGUGCGUGUAAAAGUGGAAAGGUUGAGUGAUGAAGAAGUACAUGAGGAAGUAUCUCAGCCUGUUAGUGCAUCCCAAAGUUCUUUGAGUGAUCAGCAGACAGUUCCUGGAAGUGAACAAGUUCAGGAGGACCUUUUGAUCAGUCCACAGUCAUCUUCUAUAGGUUCAAUAGAUGAAGGUGUCACUGAAGGAUUACCAACACUACAGAGUACUUCUGGUGGGAAUAUUCAUGUGGAAGAUGAUGAUCGACUGGAGAAUGUCCAAUACCCUUACCAACUCUAUAUUGCUCCUACAACCAGCAGUACAGAGAGACCUAGCCCAAAUGGUCCUGACAGACCUUUUCAAUGUCCAACUUGUGGUGUUCGAUUCACCCGUAUUCAGAACUUAAAACAGCACAUGCUCAUUCACUCAGGCAUUAAACCAUUUCAGUGUGACCGCUGUGGGAAAAAGUUCACCCGGGCUUAUUCGCUAAAGAUGCAUCGCCUGAAGCACGAAGGUAAACGCUGUUUCCGGUGCCAGAUAUGUAGUGCCACUUUCACUUCCUUCGGGGAAUAUAAACACCACAUGCGGGUUUCCCGGCACAUUAUCCGCAAGCCUCGGAUUUACGAGUGCAAAACAUGUGGCGCCAUGUUCACCAACUCUGGAAAUUUAAUCGUUCAUCUGAGGAGUCUGAACCAUGAAGCGUCAGAGCUAGCAAACUACUUCCAGAGCAGUGACUUCCUAGUACCGGACUACUUAAACCAAGAACACGAAGAGACUCUUGGCCAGUAUGAGCUAGGAGAGCAUGGAUUUGAAAGCAGCUCUUCUGUCCAAAUGCCGGUUAUUUCACAGGUCUCAUCAACACAGAACUGCGAAAGCACUUUCCCGCUGGGGCCUCUGGGUGGGUUGUUAGAAAAGGAAGAAGACCUGCCCGAGCAGCCGAAGACCAUCGCAAGCGCCGAGGCGAGCCGAGAGGAGCCCCCGAAGCCUGGGCUCUCGUCUAUUACUAUCGAAUAAGUCAAAUGUUUGGUUUCCUUUUUUGUCUUUUUGGAAAGUGCCUGUGUUUGGUCUUGUACAUUUUAAUUUAAUUUUCAGGAGGGGGUGGAGUGAAUGUACCCCUUUUCAUUUUAUAAGCUAUGCUGUUAAAGCUAUAAACUGCAACAGAUGUUACACUAUUCUUCACAUCUAAAUGGUCACUUGUACGGAAACAUUUUAAGGCUGAAAUGCAGAGGAAGAUUUGGUCAGAAUAAGAGGAUUAAAUUUGAAGAACAGCCAAGCACACCCAAGGUCUAAAAUUAGGCCUGAUAACUUUUGGCAUUGCUUUGCCACCCUAAUUUUGCAGUACUUCUCAUAAGGAAAAAGGUAUUGAUGGCUGUCGAAGACUUGUUUUGACUACGAGCAGUUAAGUAACUAGUGUGGUAGACAUUUGAUUUUUUUUUUUAGUUAGAAGGAAUCACUUUUAGUUUUUCACUUCAUUAGCAUGCACAUUGUAACCGUUUUUAAAACUGGAUGAUUCACUGGCUUUGGCAAAAUGGGGGGGGGGAGGGCUGUGCAGUUACGCUCACCUGUGCUGGGCCAUGCCUUCUUAGAAUCUUCUCAUGCAAAUGGCCUUAUCCAGACUUCCUUUUCUGAAGUAGAGCCAUCAGGAAAUCCUAAUUAACAUUUAGGAAAUUGGGAUGCUAGGAAAGUAUGACGAGAAGUGAGUUUACAAAAGUCAAAAAUGCCUUUGCGCAUUAAUGUGCUUUUUUCAAGUUAUGCCUGAAUGUGUGCUAUUUACUGCAAUUUAUUAGCCUGUUUUUAAGUAAAACAAGCCAUUUAUUUUCCUUUAGAGGCCGAGUUUCAAAUCAGUGAGAGUUGUUUACAAAAGACCUGAUUGCAAUGAUGAAAUGUUCCUAUUCUAAAUCAUUUUUAUACCCUUGCCAAGCUGGUUUCAUAAAAGCCAUUACUCUGACUGCAAGCACAGGUCCAACAAACAGUCACCAGAAAGAGUUGCCAUAUUAUUUUCCCCUAAAAAGAUUCUAAAGAGAAGAAAGGGCAUUUUCAGGCCAGCAGUUUUGGUUUUGUCACCAGCGUCUUAUUGGUAAGUCUAAAAAUAUAUAUUUUAUUCCCCCUCAUUUGGAUUUGUUUAAACCAUCUUUGUUAUUUUUUUUUUAAGUAUGAGAUUUAUCAGAGGACAUAAGUGAUUUGAAUUUCAUGUUAUCAGACUGAGGAUAAAAUAGAAUAUAAUAAAUGGGGGAAAUGUUUAAAGAACUGCAAAAGCACUGAUAUUUAUGCAGUGGUGACUGAAGUUUGUGGAAAACUUUGAAAGUAAUAGUUUUGUUAAUAGCAAAUCCACCAAAUCCAAGGAGACUGUUUCUUGCACUUCUCUGCAACUUCUUAAAGGGCUUGAUAGAAUUAUUAACAAAGAUUACACUUAGAGUAUUUUAUGAGAUAGGCAUAGGUUUUUCUUCCAAUUAAUUUUAAUAAAAAAAUCAAGUCACUCUUCCGGACUGGUAAACAAAAUGUUUUUAGUAAAGGAAUUUUCAGGUUGGAAUAUUUCAGAAUAUUUAUUAAGUAAAAUAAAACUCAUAUAAGGAAAGAGGACAUUGGCUAUACUAUACAUACAAGAAUUUUACUAUUCUAGUAAUUCCUCUAGGAACUAAACCAUUUAUUUUCUUCCAUAUAUGUAGGAUAAACCCUGUUUAGUCACACAUUUCAUUGAGAGAGUCAUUUUACUAAAAUACACAGCUUUGGGGCAGGGGGUGAGAGUCACACUUUGGCAUAUUUACUGGGCUCCAGACAAAGUAGAUGGGUCUAAAAGAAAUGCGGUAAAUAUUAAGAAGCACUGUUGAAGGGGGCUCUGAGGAUCGCAAAUUGGGCUCCUCAGAUCUAAAGGGAAUAGGAAGCCAGUUAGCUUAAUCAAAUAGACUUUACGCGUAAUCUAGCAAGUAUUGUGUACUUAUCUAACCUUGAUCCACAGGGACUUUUUUCUACCUGCACGGUGCAUUUUAUCUCCCAUAAGGUCUGUGAUUAGGAGCAACUUGUUAGUGCAGAUUGAUAUGUCCACAUGCACAUGAUGUAAAUUUAAAAUACAUUUCCAAAAUUGCCUGCUUUCUGAAAAUAACACUAAAACAAACGUUUUUGAAGAGAUAUCUUCGAGGUCAGAUUUUUAUUUGCUUCCUGAAAUGUAAACAUAGUUAAACGUUUGUGUAAUUCCUGUUCUACCAUGUUGUGUUACAGCACAAAAAAUCCAUAUCUUGAUAUAUUUUCAGGAAUUUAUAGUCUCAACCCAGCAGGGGAUUUGUUCACUUAUCUCUCACCCUCAAAGAGAAACCUUUCCUUACGUAAGCAUUUCCUAUCUGUAGAGCUACCUGUCAAUUAAAAAAGUAAUUUUUCAAGUUUCCCUCCUUUGACUAAACAUAUGAAAGUGGCCAGGAUGUCAGACAUACUUCAGUUAGCAGCAGUCAAAGUGAAGCACGCAAGCAAGGGAAGGUAUUCAGAGUCUAAAAGCAGAGGCGUAUCAAGUCUUCAGCAAUGCACACGUUUAACUUGAAAAUAUAAACCCUGCUCUAUGCACAACCUAUUUUAAGUAAGGAGUGUGGCAAACUGUCCAACUCAUGGAGUACAUCUAGCCCCCAUGGUAAUCUUGUUGAAGCCCUGAACGUUUGGAUUCUGGCCAGCACUGGCAGCAAAUUAUGUUCUCCACAACAACACACUCUUGAUCAAUUCAUUAUGGCUGGCCUUCACCCUUCCCUUCCAGCUUGAAUUUUCAAGGAGAAUCUUUGCAUCCCAUCUAGAUGUUGCUACUGUCUUCCUUGCAGAGAACUGUCAUAUAAUAAUUUCCAAAUAGCUCAGUGGUGACCUUAACAAGCAACAAGGUUUUCAUGGAAUAGAACUUGUCUUGAUUUAAUUUUUUCUCAAGAUAUUAGAGUUUUUUUCAUUUGUGGACAGUGCAUGUUAAUAACGUUGGGUUCAUUUAGGUGACGCAGUCCCUUAAAGUUGCUAAGAUACAUGGUUGACUGUUCAGGUUAUCCAUGUGUAAAAGGAUCUCCAUCUAUAGUGUGGUGCCCCAAAAGUCAAGGUAUGCAAUUCAACCUUUUGUUUCAAUGAAUUGGGAGAGAGGCUUAUAUCCCCAUGGAAAACAUCUAUUCCCAAAUUCAGUUUGAAAAGGGUAAUUAGUCCUAUUUUCUGACUUUUCCCAUGGGCGAAACCUGCAUGCUUACACCGAGGAUAGAAACAUGCGUGCUCAUGGCAGACAAUUCCAUAUUUUCUCCAAGCUGUUAUAACAAAAUAUCCAUUUUUGGAUUGCAAAUAUUCUUAUCACCAGCUUCUUAUAACUAUUUUUUUUUUAAUCAGUUGAUCUUUUUCCUCAGACUGACCAAUUUUUGCUCCCAGUUCUAAUGCAAAUACAAUAGUCAACAGUGUCUUUAAGAAUAGUUCUAGUUUUGGCACUUAUCAUUAGUCUGGAAAGUGUAAAUGUGAUUUUUUUUUUUUUAAAGUAACCAGUGCCGGUGUAGCAAAAUAUAUAAAUAUAUAUAUUAUAUUUUAUAAAACUAUAGUCCCUAGGCCCCAGGUCCCCAAAGAGAUUAAAAUUGUAUUUUUUUAACAAUGAAUUUGCAAAAUUUUGAAUAAUGGCUUUGGCCUGUUUGUUUGCUUUUUGUUUUGUGGGGAGAGGGUUACUAAAUUUUUUUUCACCAGCCUGAAGAUGGCAGAGGGCUAAAUCUGAAUCCUUGCAUCUUAAAGUCUAUAGAACAUGGCAACCAGGAGUGUUGGAUGGCAUUCAAUGCAAACAAGCCAUUUUUUAUUUUUUAUUUUGGUGUUGUUGCUUUUCUGCAGAAGACAAGGCUUACUUUUCUGAUCCUAAUAAAGGCAGAAUGAAACAUUGUUCAGUCCCUGAUCUCAGAUUACUGUAUGGAGUUAAAAAAAAAAAAAAAAAA